AAGUAGAGUUUUUUGACUUCAAUUUAAACCCCUUCUUUCAAUGGUAUUUACCAAACCAAAAUGGCCGUACUUUUCGCUGUUUUGAUAUUUCUCGCCGUUUAUUUGUUUGGUUUAGCCAAGAAACUGACACCAGCGGCAGCCAAACUGGUGCUGAGCUAUCUGCAGAGAGAGACAGAAGGAGUGAGGCAGCUGAAGGAGGAGUUACAGCGACUGACGAUGGAGCAGGACUCGGUCAGCAUCAAGGAUGAGUUCCCCAGACAUGCCCGCCUGCAGCGCAAGAUUAGCAAGAUCAGGGACCAGAUCAAACAGACAGGCAGAGAUAAGUCGACACUGGCCAUAAAAGUGUCCUGGGCGAUAUCAGCUGUUUUCUAUAUCUGCUAUGGCCUCCUGAUGAUGUCAUUGAUGUGGAGAUACAGACGAGAACCCGUCCUCCUGCUGCCUGCAGAUUGGCUCUACCCGCUAGGGGGCCUCGUUGCAUUUCCAUCUGGUGUUUCAGGAGCAGUUGGCAUCACGUUCUGGCUGGUGGUGUGUAACAGAGUCUCGGCAGUCCUGGUCUGAGGGGGCGGCGGCUGUUACUAAGGAAAACUACAACGUUGUUGCUGGAGGAUGUCUGCAUUGUAAGCAUGUACAAAUGUAUGAUGGCAGGAAGAUCAUACUCUCCAAGCAGAGGUUAGGC